AUGGGUCGAUAUUAUCGAACAAGAUCAACAUGUGAUAUAUUAGCUAUUGGAAUUAAAGGUGAUCUUAGUUCAUUUUGUGGUGCUAUUAAACGAUUUCAACGUCAUGGAAUACAAUCAAAUGGUUUAUUAAGUCUUAAAGAAUUAUGUGCUCGUCGUAUUGCUCUUAUAAAAAAUGAACAAAUUAAAUGGUUUAUUACUGCUCAUUUACCAUCAUAUUUAUUUAAAUAUGUAACAAAAGAUAUAUUUGAUUUACAACGAGAUGAAUUUAAAUUGAAUUAUGCAAAAGAUUUUGAUAUGUGCGAAGCAUGUUCAAUAAAUGAUUAUAAACAAUCAUCAUCAAUUAAAUGUCGAUGUCCUAAACUUAAAACUGCAAUUCAUCAAUUAAAUAAUUAUUUUUUUAAACAAAUGAAUAAUGAUAAUAAAAUUAAAAAAAAUAAACCAAGAAAAUUUGAACUUAUUUAUAUAAUGCCGAAUGGUGAAGAAGAUUAUUUCAUGCACGAAAAUGAUGUACCUCAUUUUUUUCUUUAUCUUUCACCAGCUGAAUAUUUUGAUGAAAAUUCUACGACUGAAGAAGAUGAUAUGGAUGGUUCAGCAUCUUGUCAAACAUAUCAAUUUUUAAAUGGUCAAAUAUCUGUUGAAGACAAACUUUUAUUUGUUGAUGUUAUGCGUUUUUUUGGUGCUUUUCGAAUUAAUCAUGAUCAACCUGAACUUAUUUUCUAUCGUCGUCAAGAAAUUACAUCUGAUUAUUAA